CACUCUCCCUAUAUUUCCGCUCCCCAUUUUCAAAUCCCCCAAAUUCUCCAGAAUCCUCAGAAUUGCCGAAGCUCCGAUUUGAACCGCCAUGGGAACCGCACAGAGCCGAGAGGACCACAUCUCCGACUCCGACGACUACGAAGAGUCCGACGACGAGCAGCGCCACUCCGACGAGGAAGAAAACUACCAAGACGCUCCGGAGACUCAGCCCACUCCAAUCGGAGACAUCGACGCCAAGCUUAAAGCCUUGAAGCUCAAGUACGGCACUCCUCCUUCUUCCUCCUCCGCCUCCGCCGUCGCCGCCGUGUCGCAGAACGCCGUCAAGCUCUACCUCCACAUCGGCGGCAACACUCCCAACGCCAAGUGGAUCGUCUCCAGCAAGCUCGCCUCGUUCUCCUUCGUCAAGACCGCCAAGGUCGACGGCGACAGCGACGACGACGACGACUACGACGGCUCGUCGGACAGCAAAGGACAGUGGAUUCUCAAGGUCGGUGGCAAAGUCCGAGCUAGGGUUUCCACCGACAUGCAAUUGAAGAUGUUCGCCGAUCAGCGGCGCGUGGAUUUCGUCUCCAGAGGAGUCUGGGCUCUGAAAUUCUACACCGACGAGCAGUACCGGCGAUUCGUGACGGAGUUUCAGGACUGCUUGUUCGAGAACGUCUACGGCCUCAAAGCUACGGAGGAGAGCAAGGUCAAGGUUUACGGCAAGGAGUUUCUAGGGUGGGUGAAGCCGGAGGCGGCCGACGACUCGGCCUGGGAGUAUGCCGACGACUACGACAUGGCGGCGAGGAGUCCCCAUUCGGUGACGCCGGUCCGGUCCAACCAGCAGUUGAUGGAGGAGUUCGAGGAGGCGGCGAACGGCGGUGUUCAGAGCUUGGCGCUAGGAGCAAUGGAUAACAGCUUUUUGGUGAAUGAUUCUGGUGUGCAGGUGUUCAAGAAUUUCAGCCAUGGGAUCCAUGGGAAGGGCGUGGUUGCGAAAUUCGACAGCGGAGGUGGUUCGAAGUCGACGCCAAAGAAGGCUCUGCUAAUGAGAGGGGAGAUUAAUAUGAUGCUCAUGAGUCCACUCAAGGAGGGGAAGCCGCAGGCGAAUGGGCUGCAGCAGCUGGACAUUGAGACGGGGAAGAUUGUGACCGAGUGGAAGUUUGAGAAGGAUGGAACUGAGAUAACAAUGAGGGAUAUUACUAAUGACACGAAAGGGUCGCAGUUGGAUCCUUCUGAGUCCACGUUUUUGGGUCUGGAUGAUAACAGGCUGUGCCAGUGGGAUAUGCGAGAGCGUAGAGGAAUGGUGCAGACCAUUGCUAAUUCGCCUGUGCUGGAGUGGUCUCAGGGGCAUCAGUUUUCGAGAGGGACGAAUUUUCAGUGCUUUGCUACCACUGGAGAUGGGUCGAUUGUUGUUGGAUCUCUGGAUGGGAAGAUAAGGUUGUAUUCGAAGACAUCUAUGAGGCAGGCAAAGACUGCAUUUCCAGGGCUGGGUUCCCCCAUUACUCAUGUCGAUGUCACUUAUGACGGGAAGUGGGUGUUGGGUACAACUGACAGUUUUUUGGUCCUUAUAUGCACUCUGUUUACUGACAAAGAUGGAAAGACAAAGACCGGGUUCAGUGGUAGAAUGGGAAACAAGAUACCCGCUCCCAGGUUGUUGAAGCUGAUCCCUCUCGACUCGCAUUUGGCUGGCAAAGACAACAAAUUUCAUGGAGGCCACUUCUCAUGGGUCACUGAAAGUGGUAAACAAGAGCGCCACCUUGUUGCAACAGUGGGAAAGUUCAGUGUCAUAUGGGAUUUCCAGCAGGUCAAGAACAGUGCCCAUGAAUGCUACAGGAAUCAGCAAGGCCUCAAGAGUUGUUACUGCUACAAGAUCCUUUUAAAGGACGAGUCUAUUGUCGAGAGCCGUUUCAUGCACGACAAAUAUGCUGUCAGUGACUCUCCCGAAGCUCCAUUAGUGGUGGCCACCCCGAUGAAAGUCAGCUCGUUCAGUCUCUCUGGCAAAAAAUGAUCUCUGUCACUGUGUAUAUGAGUUUAACCAUUUUUAUUGCUAGUGUUGUGCAUACUACGUUGCUUUAGUGCUAAGUUUCUGCUGCUUUGUCAUGGAUCAUUGCCUAGCAUCGUAGUUUCUAAGCUUAUCUUGUACCUAUUUGAGUUCUUUUCUGUCUGCGUUUUUCACACUCUGCGAAAUAGGGUGUUUGAUUGAUGGUUUUAUCUCGAAGUUUGUACAAUUGAACAUGAUGAGUAAUAUUGAGGGUGAUCAUUGAGUUCCCAAGAA